GAAUUUAGAUAAAUUGUAGGCGUUGACUAGUUAUCUGUCUUGUGCUGACACAGUUGUGAAGAUACUGCUCAUUAAAGUAAGCCGUAAACUGACAUUAUCUGGAAUGCUCCAUUGGCCAUCUUUUUGAUGCACAAGCACUAGAAUGUAAAUUUGAAUGUAAACAAUUCAAUGUGUAUAGUAAUAUAAUGUUCUGGGUGAAUACAUUGCACUAGUCAUAUUCAGCUUUGUCAGUUUUUUUUAACAAGAGAAACCCCCUAAAGAACGAAACAAGGUCCAUUAAGUUUAGUGCUUUAAAAGUAAAAAUAAUACAAGAAAAACAACAACAACAAUUUGGUUACAUCAUGAGUGUCAGAUUCUAUGGUCGUUUGUAAAUGUAUCCAUUAGAGGUCGCUGUAAGCUAAAAAUUUUUAAACGAAGUAUGGCGAUUGAGAGUUUUUCCUCUUCAUAACAGCCUCUGAAUAAUCCAGCUAUACAUUAGCUACCAAUGAAUGAUAAUACGCAAAAAAUUACGAGUCUAGAAGCAACUAAAACAAAACACACUGCUUUGGUUAUCAUCUUUCGAUGCUACAUUUGUAGCCUAUGUACACUCCCCGAACUGACUCUGGUGUUUGGACAGAGGAAAUGUAGACGAGCUCUUGAUUUAUCUUAUUUCCUCCUUUCACCACUGACUCCUCAGUGCGGUAAACUGACCUCAGUCAUGAUGAAGCGUUUGGAGGGCAGCCAAACACUUUCUCUCCUGCCGAGGAAUCUAAAGAGAUACUGCAUCUCACCACUGCCGGAACCGAGGUGCUCAUUUUAUUUCCAGGAACUGCUGUACUUGAUCUUUGGGCAUUUAAACUUUGAGUUGAAACUACAAACAGAAUGAGGGCGAUGUGUGCAAGUACAAAACAGAGAAGCAAAGCUUUUGGAGACCUAACUCCGUUAUAGUAAAAAAAUCAAAUAAAAGACAAUUGAUCCGAGUGAAUGGAAGCAUUGCUCAGUCAGACUCAGACAAAAAAAGUAUUUGGAUCGUUUUCUGGAAAUGGUGGCAUCAGUGUCGUAUUAUUUUAUUACCGUAUUUCAUUUCAUUUGUAAGUAUGUGUGUGAGUUGAUAAAAAAAUAAAAACAAUAACAGCAUGCAAUGCAGUGUACAGGUCAUUCCCACAAAAAAAAAAAAAAAAAAACUUAAAUCUAUUUUUAUAGCAAACUUUGUAAAACAAUGCGCGUGUCUGUAUAGUGAAGCAGUUUCAUGUCAAAAACAGAUGCCCUGACUAUUGACCAGUCAAGAGCAUAAUUUAAGCACAGAAUGUGUUUGUCCUGCACAAGCGCGCAGGUGUCAGGAGCACCGUAUGAUGGACGGGGAGGGCGUGACGUCAUCAAGGGGGCACCGACGAGUUUUGCCAAAGAAAAGCUUGUAGAUCUACACACAGUGGAAGAGGGACACCGGGAGGCGAACAAAUGCAGUGUGUCUCAAAUGAACGCUCUCUCGGCGGUUUCUCCCGUUGACGCUAUCGCGGGUAAGAUCUUGUGUUAUUCUUAACACACGGAAAAUUCCUCACGGCAGCAGCAGCAAACUGACAGACUAAAACCUCCAUCUACCGGACUGCACCAGUGCCGAUUCAAUAACAAACUCUGAACUACGAAAACGUCACUUUCCCGGUGGAAAAGUAUGUUCAACUAUAUUUUUUUUCCAACACAAAUAGAGCAAACCCGUGGAGCAGGCGACGGUAAUGCGUGAGGAGCAUGGAGGGUACAGGACGGCCUGGAGCCCGAGACGCCUCUCACAGGCAAUGCCCAAUCGCUCCUCUCUAAGCAAUGGCCUGGCAAAACACAUCCCCAUUCCGUUAUGGCUUUGACCUGGGGGGACAUUACCAGGAUCUGCAUCCUCUGGGCGUGGGAGCAUCGGGGCUCGUCCUCUCUGCGGUGGACAGGCGCAGCGGCCUGCGUGUGGCGGUGAAGAAGCUGGUAAUGCGAGAUGCCGUCAGCGUAAAACACGCUCUGAGGGAGGUGAAGAUCACCCGCCGCCUUCAGCAUGAGAACGUGGUCAGGGUGUAUGACGUCUUGGGGCCGUCUGGUCACCCUUUACCCCGUGACCUGACCCAUGUGCCGGCAAUAUACAUUGUGCAAGAGUGCAUGGAAACUGACUUGGCACGGUUACUCGAGCAAGGGCCGUUGCCAGCUGAACACGCCACCCUGCUCUUUUAUCAGCUGCUUCGUGGACUCAAGUUCAUCCACUCUGCCAACGUGCUGCACCGUGACCUCAAGCCAGCGAACAUCUUGAUCAACACGGAGCAAAUGCUGCUGAAGAUCGGAGACUUCGGCCUGGCUCGCAUUGUUGACCCACAUUACUCGCACAAGGGAUACCUGUCAGAGGGAAUGGUCACUAAAUGGUACCGUUCACCUAGACUUCUGCUGUCCCCAAAUAACUACACUAAAGCAAUCGACAUGUGGGCCGCAGGCUGCAUUCUGGCUGAGAUGCUCACAGGACGCAUGCUGUUCGCAGGUGCUCAUGAGCUGGAGCAGAUGCAGCUGAUUUUGGACACUGUGCCUGUCAUUAGAGAGGAAGACAGACAGGAACUGCUGAAGGUCAUGCCCUCUUUUGUAGGUCAGGGGUGGGAGGUCAAAAGGUCUCUUAGAGAACUACUGCCAGAAGUGGAGGACAAAGGCAUUGAUUUCUUGGAGUGUAUCCUCACCUUUAAUCCCAUGGACCGGCUGACAGCAGAAGCAGCGUUGUCUCAUUCAUAUCUGCUGAGAUACUCGUGUCCUCAGGAUGAGCCUGUCUCCCUGCAGCCGUUCCGUAUAGAGGACGAGUUAGAGGACAGUGUGGUCACUGAGCACGGCCAUGCGCUCAGCUCCCACUGGGACAGGUAUGAUGGGAGUCUGUCGUCAGACGUUUAUUGGCGGCCGCAGGAGCAGUGUGGGUGCAUGCAGAGCGUCUCAGAGCUGGGAGAGGCAGAAGACGACGAAGUUCAAAGAGAUCCACGAGCGAGCUCGACGGCCCACAUCGAGGAGGCUCAGGUUGACCCUCGCAAAUACUCCCACAGCAGCUCCGCGGAGCGCUUCCUGGAGCAGUCCCACUCAUCUUUGGAGCGGGUCUGCGGACAAUUCACAGAGCUGGACUGCGGCCACUCCUGCGAUUACAAGGUGGGUUCUCCAUCCUACCUGGAUAAGAUCGCGUGGCGAGAAGGCAAGCCGCAGCACUACUCUGAACCCAAGCUAAUACUGGACCUGUCCCACUGGAGGCAUAACAGCAUGUCUGCUCCAAGAAGGGGCAGCGUGGAGAAGCUUCUUGCUGAGCCUGGAGAUCUGUUCCAGGAGAUCUCGCGCUGGGUGGAGAGCACGCAGUCUGGACUCCACUCGCCCCGUUCACCUCAAGAACCUCUCACCUCCCCCUGUUCCCCUCCUCAACCGCUGUCUCCUACAAUGCUGUCUCAUUCUCACACGCAAAUCCCAGCACCUUUGCAAUUGUCCAGCCCUCACCAGCUCCAUGAGGACAGGAGUCCUACCCCAUUCUUCUCCGCUCCUCCAUCUCUGCUGCCCUCAUCUCCUUCCUGUCCUCAUCACGGUUCAUCUGAUUAUCCGUCUUCCUCCGUUUGUGAAAUCGAUGAAGAGCCCUCGCAGAUGGAUCCUUCCGGAGAGGAACAUUUUGACCUAGAUGUGUUUAUCUCUCAGGCUCUGAGGCUUUGUAGUCAGAGCGAGGCACUGUCGGAAAACUCGGAUGCCCCCAAACCAGGCAAUGUUAGCCACGUUCAUAAUAUCUCAGAUCACAGAACACAAACUCCAACCUCUGAGAUUGUCAAGGCUCACGGGUGUCAUAAAGAGCACUGGUAGAAGAGAUCUCUUACUUCUUAUUUAAUGAUUUUAAAGAUGUUUGAUUAGUGCAGCUUAUUUAAGAUGGCAUGAAUGAAUGUGAACACUGAGGACCUUUUAAGGACCAGACGAUUUUUGAGAAUGUUGUUCUCAAAAAAACCUGAAGCUAAAAUUCUGUAUUCCACUAAAAAUCCAAAGUAUUUACCUUUAGGAAGAGGAUCACCUGGCAAAAACAUCUGAGAUUUCAGAUAUUAGUUGAAUGGAGCCCUGAGGGCACAUGGUUAUGUGAACAUUGUUUGUUCCUAUGACCUCUCUCUCAAGAAAUUUGUUUUUGCGAGAGACAUCUGUGUACUCUCGUAUUUGAUUUCACACACUUCAAUUCUCUACAAACUAUUACAUCUUUUUGAACAUGUUUUGCAAGUUUUUCGGGAAAUUAAAGGAAAAUGCUAAAAGUAUUUUUCCCCUUUCAACUAAUUUCCUCCCAUAACUUUAUCUCUUUAGGCCUCUGUAUAGUUGAAACUAAAAUGUUUUAUUGAAUGUUACUAAAAACAUUGUGCAAGAGUGAAUGGUCUGUUUAGCACAAACUUAGGUCAGCAUAAUUUUAAUAAGAACUUCAUUAAAUUAUUAAGUGUGUAAUCAAAGUAAUUUUUUUUAAAAACUAAGUUACCUAAAAAAUGGCACUUUUGAUAUAAAAAGUUUCACUCACAAUGAAAUAAAGACGCAAUUUUAAUGCCCUUGCAAAAUGUUUCAUUCUACAUAAGACAUCAUCCGUUAUUGUCCACCAUGUCUAGACAAAGACUAUAUGCCAAGACGGUUUACAUGUAUUACACUGAAUGGGAGAAACUGCUAUGCAUAAUUUGGUGGAACAAGUAGUUCUAAUUAUGUGAGCUGGACCAAUUUUAAUUUUCAUACAAAUGUUGGUAACACUUUACAAUAAGGUUCAUUAGUUAACAUUGGUUAAUGUAUUAACUAACAUGAACUAACCAUGAGC